UCUCUGGAUCUGCUUGGGCGGGCUAGAGGGGGGCGCCAGGCGGUGGCCGACCGGCCGGCCGGGAGGGAGGGAUGCCGGAGCUGGGGAGUGGAUUCUCCUGGGGGGACGGGUUCCAUCCCUGAAAGCCGGGAGAGGGGGCUAGGCAUCAGCCCCCUCCCCCCCGGCUGUCUCCUGCAUCCCUCUUGAAUCAGCACCAUCACCAGCAGAAGCAGCGCCGCCUCCCCCGCCUGCUGCAAAGGCAGGCCCUCUAUUCCUAAAACGGAUGCUGACCAGCUUGGACUCAGGGGCCCAAACAGAAUCUAGAGGUACUCUUCUGUUCCUUCUAGAGGAGCCCUCAGGGCAUCCCUCCCCACUUUACUUGGCAUGAUGAUGUGCGAAGUGAUGCCAACCAUUAAUGAGGACAACCGCCGUGGCUCGGCCUACGGGGCUGAUGAUGCCAAUUUCGAGCAACUCAUGGUCAACAUGUUGAAUGAGCGAGAACGGCUACUGGAGACUUUGCGUGACACCCAGGAAAGUUUGGCUACCUCCCAACUCCGCCUGCGUGAAUUGGGCCAUGAGAAGGAGUCACUUCAGCGUCAGCUCAACAUUGCCCUCCCACAGGAAUUUGCAGCACUUACUAAGGAGUUGAAUUUAUGUAGGGAACAACUGUCAGAGCGUGAGGAGGAGAUCUCAGAACUAAAGGCAGAACGGAACAACACACGGCUGCUGCUGGAACAUCUAGAAUGCCUAGUAUCACGACACGAGCGUUCCCUUCGCAUGACUGUAGUGAAACGACAAGCUCAGUCCCCAGCUGGAGUCUCCAGUGAGGUGGAGGUGCUGAAGGCUCUCAAGUCACUCUUUGAACAUCACAAAGCUCUGGAUGAGAAGGUUCGAGAACGGCUGCGAGUGGCAUUAGAGCGUGUUGCAGUAUUAGAGGAGGAGCUGGAAAUGUCUAAUCAAGAGUCCCUUUCCCUUCGAGAGCAGCUUGCCCGACGCCGAUCUGGCCUAGAUGAUUCCAGCAAAGAAGGAGAUGCCCAAUUAUGUGCUAAUGGAUCUGGGGCUCUUGAUUUGGGGCGUGGGGGUCGGGAAUCUGAGCUAGAAGAGGUUUUGGAGCGCCAGAGAGGAGAACUAUCCCAGUUGAAAGAAAGACUUACCAUGCUCUGUCGGCAGAUGGCAGAACUGGAGGAAGAGUUAGCCACUGCCCAACGAGAUCUUAUUAAGUCUGAAGAAAUUAAUGCCAAGCUACAAAGAGAUCUCAAGGAGGCAUUAGCUCAACGAGAAGACAUGGAGGAACGAAUUACCACAUUAGAAAAACGUUACUUAAGUGCUCAGCGGGAGGCAACAUCCCUUCAUGAUGUCAAUGACAAACUGGAAAAUGAGUUGGCCAGUAAGGAAUCCCUCUAUAGACAAAGUGAAGAAAAAAAUAGGCAGCUACAAGACUGGCUGGAAGAUGCCAAACAGAAACUUCAGCAGACUCUUCAGAAGGCUGAGACUUUACCUGAGAUAGAGGCCCAGUUGGCACAGAGAGUAGCUGCCCUUAACAAGGCAGAGGAGAGGCAUGGCAAUUUUGAAGAGCGUUUGCGUCAACUUGAAGCCCAACUGGAAGAGAAGAAUCAAGAGCUCCAGAGGGCACGCCAAAGGGAGAAAAUGAAUGAUGAACAUAACAAGCGCCUCUCAGAAACAGUAGAUAAACUACUAUCUGAAUCUAAUGAACGUCUCCAGUUGCAUCUGAAAGAAAGAAUGGGGGCACUGGAGGAGAAGAAUACACUAAGUGAGGAAAUUGCCAACAUGAAGAAAGUACAGGAUGAGCUACUGGCAAACAAGGAGCAACUAUUGGCUGAGAUUGAGAGGAUGCAAAUGGAGAUAGAUCAAUUACGUGGACGCCCAGUCUCUACCUAUUCUCGCAGUGCUGGUGUGGCAAGACGUUCAAAGAAAGGACGCUGGACUGUCAAGGAUGAGGCUACCAAGGAGUGGGAGAGGGCUCAGCAGGCAGCUGGAGGCUCCUUUGAGGGUGGGCUGGAUGGUUCGGAUGAGGAUGAACGUGAUCCUCUCUUCAGCUCAGCUGAUCUGCUGUCUCCCAGUGGACAGGCUGAUGUACAGACCUUGGCCAUCAUGCUACAAGAGCAGCUGGAAGCCAUUAACAAAGAGAUCAAGCUGAUCCAAGAGGAGAAAGAAUCCACUGAACAGCGAGCAGAGGAGAUUGAGAGCCGAGUAACCAGUGCCAGUCUGGAUGGAUCCUUGGGGCGCUACCGUUCAGGCACUUCCAUUCCUCCCUCUGUCACCAGUUCAACUCUUGCCAGCCCUUCUCCCCCCAGCAGUGGCCAUUCUACACCUCGCUUGGCACCCCACAGUCCUGCUCGUGAUGGAGAAAAAAUGAAUCAUGUUGCCAAGGAAGAGAUGCGAAGCUCUGAGGAGAAGGCCUUAGCAUUAUGUGAACCCCCAACACCCGCAACCCCCCGUACAAUGCGUCUUGAACGUAUGACUCAAGCAUUAGCUCUACAGGCUGGAGCACUGGAAGAUGGCAGGGACCUGAGAACCAGUCUUGGGACAGAUGGCACGAACAGCAGUCAGGAUUCCCUACACAAGUCCACCAAGAAGAAAAGCAUCAAAUCUUCCAUUGGGCGUCUCUUCGGCAAGAAAGAGAAAGGGAGGCUGGGGCAGUUGGGCCGUGAGUCCCCCUCACUUGCUGGUACACCAUCUGAUGAGAUGUCACCUGCAGACCCCCUGGGCCUUUCCAAACUCUCGGGACCUGUGGACAAGGAUCGUAGGAACAAAAAGAAGCAUGAGCUGUUGGAAGAAGCUUGUCGACAAGGGUUGCCUUUUGCUGCCUGGGAUGGACCUACUGUUGUCUCAUGGCUGGAGCUGUGGGUGGGCAUGCCAGCUUGGUAUGUGGCUGCUUGCCGUGCCAACGUCAAGAGUGGUGCCAUUAUGGCCAACCUGUCUGACACAGAAAUCCAGCGAGAAAUUGGCAUCAGUAAUCCUUUGCACCGGCUUAAGUUGCGUCUUGCUAUUCAGGAGAUGGUUUCCUUGACUAGUCCUUCAGCCCCUGCUACUUCACGUACAUCUACUGGAAAUGUGUGGAUGACACAUGAAGAGAUGGAAUCUCUCACAGCCACAACAAAGCCAGAGACAAAGGAAAUCAGCUGGGAGCAGAUCCUGGCAUAUGGAGAUAUGAACCAUGAGUGGGUGGGAAAUGAUUGGCUGCCCAGCCUGGGCUUGCCUCAGUACCGCAGUUACUUCAUGGAGUCUCUAGUUGAUGCCCGGAUGUUGGACCACCUCAACAAGAAGGAACUACGGGGCCAGCUCAAGAUGGUGGACAGCUUCCAUAGGGUGAGCCUUCAUUAUGGAAUCAUGUGCCUGAAACGUCUUAACUAUGACCGAAAGGAACUGGAAAGAAGACGAGAGGAGAGUCAGAACCAAAACAAAGAUGUGAUGGUGUGGUCCAACGAGCGUGUGAUGUGCUGGGUGCAAAUGAUUGGGCUGAAAGAGUUUGCCAACAACUUAGUUGAAAGCGGGGUGCACGGAGCCCUCCUGGCCCUGGACGACACCUUUGAUUGCAAUGACUUGGCCCUGCUGCUGCAGAUCCCAACCCAAAACACACAGGCUCGGCAGAUUUUAGAAAAAGAAUUUGGGAACCUCAUCACCAUGGGAACAGACCGGCGACUGGAUGAGGAUAGUGCCAAGACCUUCAGUCGUUCCCCAUCUUGGCGGAAGAUGUUCCGGGAGAAAGACCUCCGUGGUGUUAGCCCUGACUCAGCCGAGAUGUUGCCGGCCAAUUUCCGCACAGCCUCCGUGGCCUCCAUUACCUCACCCGGGGUGCAGCUUCGUAAGAUGCAGCCAGAGGGGAACUCAUUAGGUAGCCAACGGACAGACAGUAUGUCAGUGAGAACGUAUUCCUGUUAAUGCCAAGACGGAGGAGCUGCUGUCCCAGUUAUGUCUGACCUCCCUGCCUUGGGCAGGAAGACCUUCUGCUGCUGCUGCCGCCGCUGCUGCCUCUCCUUCUCCAUCAUGUGCUCACAUGAGGGUAUGAAGAGCUGCUGCUGCUGCUGCUGCUGCUGCUAGCACCAUCGCCGCUGCUGCCACUGUUGCCAAGAAAAAAUAUGGAUGCUUGUGGGAGAUGCUGGACAGACCAACAAAUCAACUAACCAACCAACCAACCAUGUUCCUCCCCACUGCCCUCUUCCUAGUAGCAGCAGUGGCCGAUGGUCAAUGAUGAACUUAAGGGACUGAAGCCAAGGAGGGGUUCCUUCCCCAGAGCGGCAGAGGGAAACAGCCUUCCACCUUGGCCUCUAUUUAUUGUUGUUGUUUGUUCCGGGCAGGGACCUAAGAAUGUGAAUGAGAAAAUGUGGUUGCCCACGUAUCCUAUCCCGCUGCUGUGCCACCAGAUCUUUCUGGUGGAGCAGGGGGAGGAGAAGUGAGGGGAUGCCUCUAUUUCCUGUUGCCAUUGCCACAUAUUGGACCAAGCAGCCCAUCUUGGCCAGUUCCCCUUCCCUGCCCUGCCAUAGGUGCUAAAUGUUCCGCCAGCACUUUUCCUUUCCUUUUCUUUGCAUUGCUGCUAUGAAGGGGUCCCGUUUCACCUCCUGAUGACAAAGAAGAGGUGGUUAUUCAAAGGCCAGUUCUUCCCUCCCCCACCCCAGCUCUUUCCCAUCCCUCUUCUCAGCAAGGGGAGAGCAUUGAAGCCAGGAGGAACAAAGCCAGUGUACCUCCCUCUGUUCACACCCACCCCAAAGAGCAAGUUGCCCCUAGGCCUGAUACACAGAACUUCAAAUUUUGGAUGCCUGAAUAUAAAGGUUCUUCUGUCCAGAAGCAGCUGCUUCUUGGCACAAGUCAACAAAUAAAAAGAGUUCCCUCUUUCUUUUCUUUUCCCCUUGCCUUUACAGCUCCCUGUUCCUCCAGAUGAGAGAACGCCUGAGGAGGAAGGAGGAGGAAAGCGAACUAGAAGUUGUCACCCAAACUCUCUUGGUGCUGGCAUGAAGCAGUCCCAGUAGAUAGGUGGUCCAUCUGGUGUGAUGGAGCAUCAGAUUUUUUCUUUUCUUUUUUCUUCUUCGUUUUUUUUUUUUAUGAGAGCAGAGAGUGGGGAAUUCAAGUCCAAGAUGCUCAAACUGGAAAGAGUAGACCUCAGCCUGUGACGGUCACUGGAGAUAGAACUCUGGACUUUAUUGAUAUGGCACACAGAUCUCCCUUCCUCCAAGACUAUUGUAAUAUAAGAGUUGUAUUUUCUGUGUAUAUCUGUGCUGUGGAAUCUCGUGUAAAUUGAAUUUCUUUUUCGACCGCCAUUACAGGUUCUCUGUUAAUUUAAUAAUGUGUCCUGCUACCCCUCUGCCCUGCACGCCAAUAAUCUUUAUUUGAUGUUUAUAUAUUUUCACCUUUUUUUAAACAUUUUUAUUUCAGUUGUUCCUUCCAGGGAGAAUGUAGGUGUGAGGGGCAACGCAAAGGGGUAGUUUUGCAUGAAAAAAAUGGGUAGGGGAGGAAAAAAAAAUUCAAUCUUGGAAAUCAAAUCUGUCAGGGAGAUUGUGAGGGGUAAGCAGGAAGCUGAGGUACUGGAGAAGCUAUCUUCUUCUGGUCCCCUUCGUUCCCGUUUGCUUCCAGGGAAGGCAGAGAGGGAGGGUUACAAGGGGAGUGAGCUAAGAAAUGUUUUUAAAGAAAAAAGAAAAAAAGUUUGAAAACGUU